AUGCAAAAUUUGCAUACGUGAUGACGCGCUUCGUUUGGAUGGUAGCGCGCGCUUUCAGUUACGACGCCAACCGCUAGGACUAACCGUAAGAGGGACAUUUUCAAGUUAUUAGGCCGAUAAGAAGUUGUUUACCUCUUCACAUUUUGUUGCAAAGGGGACACAAAGUGUCGAACCACCAUGUUAGAUGGUGGGCAGUUUGUGGAGGCACUUUGUCGCCUAGGUUACCCUGGAGCAUCAUCCCUGAAGGCCUCAGAGUUUGACUGGUUGUUUGCCUCUGCCCCGGAGAACCUUCACUUGCUGCGCUUCGUCUGCCGCACUCUUAACCGCAGCAAUGCUCUCACUCCAGAGGAGGCACGUGCUUUUCGAGAGUUAAAGAAGUCUGGAAAACCAAUUCUGGAUGAAGCAGCCUUGAACAAGAUCCUCAAAACUAUUGGACCUUCAGAUGGGAGCUGUGUGAGCGUGUUUGGACCUUCCUCUUCGUCUUCCUCCUCUUCCUUGUUUGCACCAGAGGGGGAUGUUGCCACAGAAGACUUGGAAGCAGAGGUCCAGGCACUGCUAAAGGAGAAAGAGCUGAAGCAACGCCGCUACAACAAGUUGCAGGUUGUGGCUACUGCCCGUGCUGAUGAUGACCUGCGACUUUCCACAGAGCUGGAAUGUGCUACUUGCAAGCUGAAGGAAACUAGUGCUGCAAUCGCAGCUGAGAAUGCAGACACUAAUGUUGUAUUACAAAACCUAACUAAUAAGGUGAGCAACCUUUCUUCAUACCUCCCUCUUCAACCAGAAGCCAGGGACAGUGGAAAGGGACAACCUACAGCUACAUCAAACCCCUCUGGGCCCAAAAGACCCAGUGUUCUCCUUUCCCAGCUGUCUCUGGAGCCCUUCCUGCAUCAGGAGGAGCUCAAUACCAAAACGCUGGCUGCCUUCACACAGAAGCACUCAUUCCAGGGCAUGUCGGAUAUUAUUGAGUCCUCCUGCUCAGAACACUUCCAGGUCCUGGACCUCAGCUCCUGUGAAGUUGGGGAUGAGGAAGAGAGGGAGCAAGAAGAGAAAAAAGGAGAAGAACACGUUGUGGAUCGGAGAAGGACAGAGAUGGCCAGGCUUCAGUGGGCUCAUAUCGUGGCUCAGUACCAGUUGCAAAAAGAAGUGGCGGAGGAGAAGAGUGUCAAGGCUGGACUGGACUGGCUCUCUGAGAAGUGCUUUCGUGCCAAGAGUAUUUCCAGCUUGUCCCCCUUACAAGUAUGUGAGGUUGUGUCCAGGAGGGAGCUGCAGACAGUGGAGGCUGAGUUAGAGGCUCUCCUACAUGGACCACUGCCUGCUGCACUCAGGGAAUCAGCCAGGCUGCUCAAUGUGCCUGUUGUGAGGGGAGACCUGGCUCUGCAACUUGCCAGGCAGGACUACUACACUUCGAGACAGGACCAGAUACGUGAUUGCCUGCUGCACCAAAAGGCGUCCUUUGACUUGGUCUUCCUGGCCCAUGAGAUGGAGCUUAGGAGGUGGAGGACGGUGCUGAAGCAGCUGGGAGAGGUGAGCUGCAGACUGGUGGAUGGAGCUGAGGAGGCAUCCCGUAGGCUUGAGGCACUGGCCCAGCCUGACCUGGCACUCAACCCAAAGCCCAGCCCCAUCAUCAGCUGUAAGGAUGUAGCAUUUAGCAGAAUGCUUCAGAUCUUGGAUGCUGGUUCAAACCCCGGUCGAUCAGAACCUUUUCGGACCUAUGAGGCGUUGGACCACGCUGCCCGUGACCUGGCGAACAACCUCCAGUUGACCCGUGAUUCGCUGGCUGGGGAGGGCCGCCAGCAGGACUACAUGGUAGCCCGUCUCCAUGGCGACUGCGAGGCGCUCCACAGGGCCAUGUACACAGAGCUCCAACAGCUGGUCUUAGAGCCGCAGGUAUGUCCCACGGCCAUCACUGACCAGGAGCUGCUCUGCCCCAGUGCACAGGAGCUGACAGCAAAGCUAGUGGAAGCAGAGUCCAAACUGCAGAGUCUGCAGCGUCUCAUGCAAGACAUCACGGGGGAGGUCAAGGCCAAGCGCUCCCAACUGGAACGCAACACCCUCCUCAGGCGGGAGAGAGAGCUGUACAUCUACUUCCACUUGGACCCCCGGCUACUGCAGAAAGUAGUGGAAGACCUGGAGGGUAGAAUGGCUGCCAAGAGAGAGCAACAGUAACAGAGCCCACUCGAUCAGACGGGGAGCAUCUAUAAAAAGCAUGCACAACUUCAGUGUCCAGUCUCUGUGCCAAGGGAACCUGUUUGUAAUUUAAGAUAAAGCUUCAAGAGAGACCAAUUUGAUCUGAGGGGGAGAAUCUACUCAUUAACUAAAUGCUCUAGAACAAAAUGAGCCCCCUCAAAGUUUAGACCUUCACUUGGUUAUGUUGAAGAAGGAGAUAAUUCACUAAGUCUUAAAUGAUGUGCAUAAAGGUCCCACAAAUCUUGGUUUUGGGAAUGAAUGAACUUGACUGGUUAUAUCAGAAGAAUGAGUAUUAUAUUACAUGUUCUGCCACAUAUUAUAUUGUACUGUUGCAUUGCUUGUUAAUGCCAAGGAACAUAUAGAAGAAAUGCAUGAAUGCAAAUCUUUAUACAUUCUUUGGUUAAUGCUAUGUGCAAGUAGUUCUUUGAGUAUGUUUAUUUCAAAUAGAUGUUUUCAUAAAAACUAAUCAGAAGGAUGUUGGGAGAGUUUAUAUUUUCUUUCUAUCUUGUUUUGAUAUUCUAAAGUUUCCUUACUUAAUUGUUUUGUCUCUGUUUGUGGGAUAAAUAAAAUGCCAAUGUCAUACUU